CGCCCAUUGAACGCUCACAGCAUCAAUCCCGCUAUAAAACUCGUAUCCUCGCCCCGAGACUGUGUUCUGGCUCCAGAAGGUCUCCACCCGAGAGUAUAUGGCGGUUGAAGAUGCUGUAAGAUGCAGAAUAGUGUGCGCCUUCUAUUCUGGGAUGCAUCAGGGAGGGGACGCGUGAUGUGUUCAGCGUUUGUAUGCACGCACAGAGGUUAUUGGUUCUUCACGCAACUGUCGGGUUCUGGCUCUUCUACAUGGUUACGGAUGCCAUGAAGCCCGCGCGGUGGCUCUUUGCGCGCUUCUGUUAUUUGUCUCUAUGGUGAGUGUAACACCGCCAGCCAUGGCUCCUGGUCUGCUCGACUUCUGCAAUAUUCAAUGCAAGUUUCCCAUCGCUUCUGAUCGGCUCGGACACUGUUAGCUGGUUCGUUUACGCGCGUCACUCGGUUCGGUUCUGUGCGCAAUGCGCGAGUAUAAGGUGGUGGUGCUCGGCAGUGGAGGGGUCGGCAAAUCUGCGCUCACGGUCCAGUUCGUGACCGGGACCUUCAUCGAGAAGUACGACCCGACCAUCGAAGACUUCUACCGUAAGGAGAUCGAGGUGGACUCGUCGCCGUCGGUGCUGGAGAUCCUGGACACGGCCGGUACCGAGCAGUUCGCGUCCAUGCGGGACCUGUACAUCAAGAACGGCCAGGGCUUCAUCCUGGUCUACAGCCUCGUCAACCAGCAGAGCUUCCAGGACAUCAAGCCCAUGAGAGACCAGAUCAUCCGGGUCAAGAGGUAUGAGCGAGUGCCCGUGAUUCUCGUGGGAAACAAGGUGGACCUGGACAACGAGCGCGAGGUUUCGUCGAGCGAGGGUCAGGCUCUGGCGGAGGAAUGGGGCUGUCCGUUCAUGGAGACAUCAGCCAAGAGCAAAACCAUGGUGGACGAACUGUUCUCGGAGAUCGUGAGGCAGAUGGACUACGCCUCGCAGCCGGAUAAAGAAGACCCGUGCUGUUCCUCCUGCAAUAUACAAUAACCCUCGCAAUCAGGAUCCACAUGGAGAUCAUCGAAAACUGGUGCA